CUGGCAGCCGUGGGCCUCUCCAGAGGGACGCAGGAGGCAGAAUGGAUGAACAGAAACCGCCCAGCGAGGACAAGGACGCGGACGCGCCAGCCGAUGCGGCCGCAUCCUCGGAGGACAUGGGGAGCGCUGAGGGGGACCCCCUGAAACCUCCAGAAGGAGCGACUGCGGGGCCGGAGCUGGAGAGCACGGACACGAAGGGACCCGGCGGGGCCAGCAGCACGCCGACCCGCCGCUGCGCCCUCUGCAACUGUGGGGACUGGAGCCCGCACGGGCAGCGGGAGCUGCAGCGCUUCGAGCCGGCGCCCAACUGGUUGGAAGGGCUGGGGGGGCAGCAGCCCCCUGAGGGUCCCAGCGAGGCCCCCCCAGAGCUGGGGCCGGUGGGUGAUGAGCUGGCACAGAUCGGCUUCUCCGAGCGGGUGACAGCGGUGCAGCUCUUUGAGCCGACGGGGCACUGCUGGGUUCACCGCUGCUGUGCAGCCUGGUCUGCUGGCGUGGAGCAGGACGCAGCGGGGCUGAGCGGCGUGGGCAGAGCUGUUUUCUCAGGGAUCUCACAGAAAUGUGAACACUGUCAGCGGAUGGGGGCCACCAUCCCGUGCCGGGCGGCCGCCUGCCCCCAUUUCUACCACUUCCCCUGUGCUGCUGCCAGUGGCUCCUUCCAGUCUAUGAAGACGCUGCGGCUGCUGUGUCCAGAGCACCUGGGCGAGGCGGUGCAGAUGGAGGAUGCACGCUGCGUGGUUUGCGACGGGCCGGGCGACCUGCGGGACCUGCUCUUCUGCACCAGCUGCGGGCAGCACUACCAUGGCACCUGCCUGGACAUCGCCCUGACGCCCCGCAAACGCUCGGGGUGGCAAUGCCCGGAGUGCAAAGUGUGCCAAACCUGCAGGCAGCCCGGUGAGGACUCCAUGAUGCUGGUGUGCGAGGCGUGCGAUAAGGGCUACCACACCUUCUGCAUGGAGCCGGCCAUCGAGGGCGUCCCUGCUGACUCCUGGAAGUGCAAGAACUGCCGGCUGUGCUCGGAUUGCGGCCGGCGUCCAUCGGA